AUGGAUAAAGUGCAGCUCAUCACGUGGAUCAUGUUCGCCAUCUUCAUGAUGAGUUAUUUUCUUUUUUUCACCUUUUUUAAGGAUAGUUUUAAAACCAAUAAGGAAAAUGAGGUUUUAUUACAGCAUAAAGGCAGAGAGGUCCAUGUUGAUCCAAAUCUCUCUCGGGAAACGAAAAUACCACCAAAAAAGAAAGGAGUGAUUGUAUAUCUUCUUCACGAAAGUGAGAUAACAAAUUAUUUGCGAAGCAUUACGCUGCUUCACCAGAAUUUUAACCAAAAGCACAAAUAUCCAAUAUUAGUGUUUUAUGACCGAUCACUCCAAGAAGGAUUGUUAAAUCAGGUCAAGCUUAAAACAAAAGCCAUCUCGUCGGAAGUACCCUUAGAGUACUAUUUUGUGAAAUUUGAAAUACCAUCUCAUUGGGAUCCCAUUAAACAGCCCGUCAAAGUACAAUGGUCAUUAGGGUACAAAUGCAUGAUAAGAUUUUACUUUAAGGAAAUAUUUGAGCUACCAGUAAUCCAGCAGUACGAAUAUUAUUGGAGACUCGAUACUGAUUCAUUCAUUUUAGAGGAACUCAAAUACGAUCCUUUUGAGAAAAUGAGACAAAACAACUUUGCCUAUGGUACAAUAGCAUUGGAUGAAGACGGAGGUGAAGUUGUUGCUGGAAUGACAACGAUGAUACAAGAGUACAUCAAAACGAAACCCACGAAUGCAACUCUCAACUCCUACACUCCAGACACCAAGAUGGUCUAUAAUAAUUUUGAGGUUGUAAAAAUAGACAGGUUUUUGGAUAGAAAUGUGCUUGACUUUGUCGAAUAUAUUGACAAAUCCAAUAACAUUUUUAUAAGAAGGUGGGGUGAUGCGCCGUUGCGAUAUGCAGAGCUAAACCUAUUCUUUGAUUGGAAAAAAGAGGUGCAUAUAUUUUGUGACAUCAAAUAUGAGCAUUCACACCACAACAAAAUAAUCUUCAAUAAGUGUUAG